CCAUCUCAAACAACCAACCAACCAACCAAACAAACAAACAAAAAACAGUUCUCAAAAAGAAAAAGUCCACCCCUGAGAGCUGUCAAGGGGUAAAGGUACCAAAUAUUCACUUUCAUCAGUAUAGUAAAUUCUCUUCAGAAGAUUCCAGGUGGCCCUUCUUGAACUCCUGGACUCAAGGGAUCCUCCUGCCUUGGCCUCCCAAAGCUCUGAGAUUACAGGUGUGAGCCAUCGCCAAGGUGGUCCUUCUGUUUCUCUCUUUGCCUCCUGCUCACCCACCCCAACCUGGACACAACCUCUCCCUCUGUGCCCUCCUGUCCCCUGGACCCUUGACUACCACACCUCCCUGGUCAUUUGGGCUCUGGGCUGAAUGCCAAGGCGAAGGAGGGGCCUUGGUGGAGUAGGUCACAAUGUGGCCUCUGUGAUGAGUCCCUGAUAUCACUGGGCUGGCACAGAAGACCCCAUUAGGCAUCAGUUUCCUCAGGGAGGCCACGGAACACAAAAGUAUCCUCUCUCCCUUUCUUUCUGCCUCUAGGCCAGGUUUUGGCAGUUCCAGUAGUGACCACCAGAACGACCUCUGUAAUAUGGUCAAAAUACACCCGGGAAUCUGCCACUGUCCCAGCAACUUUUCCAGAAAAUGCAACUGCUUAUCUGAGGUCCAGACGUGCUCUGCCUGCCUCCACAUGCCUGGCGAGUCUGACUGGUAUGACAGAUGCUUCAACAGCACCGUUGAACCCCUACAGAGGCCACAGGAUCCCAUGUCCAGUGAUGCUCUGAUAUUGUGGUUGGGACUCGAGGGAGUCAAGUCAGAGAAGGAGGUUGAGAAUAAGCAGCAGCAGCUGAUUAAAGCACCUCCCCCAUGCCCACUGGGCCAUGUGGUAUCCAACUACCGGUUCUGUGCAGUGGUGGGAAACUCAAGGUCUCUAUGGAGCUCUGGCCUUGGUUUCAGGAUUAAUCAACAUGAAGUGGUCCUCAGGACGAACCAGGCCCCUGUCCAAGGCUUUGAGGCAGAUGUGGGGAAUAGGACCACUAUGCGCAUUAUGUACCCUGGGAUUGCCAGCCCUCAGGACCCCGGUAUCCAACUACUGCUGCUUCCGUUGAAUUCAUCUGGUCUAGAUUGGUUCAUAAGUGUACUGCAUAAACAGACAAGCAUGUGGAAACAAAAAAACCCUGGGUAUGUCAGGGAGGGAGGUCACUGUAGAGGUGACAAAGGCGACUCCAAAGAUACCCUGGCUGGAUACUGGGGGACCCCCAAGGCUUACUUAAGGCUGAAGGCUGCUUGUCAAAUGACUCUGAAAUCCUCCCAAACCUCAGUUUCUUUUUAGAUUUCAGAUGGUCCAGGUUCCUGGUGGAACCAGACAGCAAAGAUAAGGUGAGGGCCCCAGGAAGGAAAGGGGAAAGUGGUAGGACAACAUGACGGUGGGUAGCCAUGGGACAGGCUUCAGGUCAGUCCCCUUCUCCAUCUUCCUAGGUGAUCAGCCUCUACUUCCUCAGGUAUAUCAAGGAAAGUUGACUGGAGAACCACAGUCAGUAUCCGUCCUUGGGGUUUGUGGCUCUGUUGUAUGCCUUGCAUACCUGUGACCAGGUAAGAUAUCUCCUGCAACUCACAGACUUUCACUCCUCUGCCACCCAAAAUUUCUGUCUUCUUGGCCGGGCAUGGGGGCUCACGCCUGUAAUCCCAGCACUUUGGGAGGCCAAGGCAGGCUGAUCACCUGAGGUCAGGAGUUCAAGACCAGCCGGACCAACAUGGAGAAACCCUGUCUCCACUAAAAGUACAAAAUUAGCCGGGCAUGGUGGUGCAUGCCUGUAAUCCCAGCUACUUGGGAGGCUGAGGCAGGAAAAUCACUUGAACCCGGGAGGCGGAGGUUGUGGUGAGCCAAGAUCGUGCCACUGCACUCCAAUCUGGGCAACAAGAGCAAAACUCCGUCUCAAAAAACAACAAAAAAAUCUGUCUUCCCAGGGACUUCCCGUUAAAUCUAAAACUUUCUGCCUGGCUUUCAACACCCUACAUGAUCUGAUCCCUCUCUUCUCUCCCAGACUCCCACACUGGGUUUCUUGGGGUUCCCCAGACAUACCAGCUGCCUCACGCCUUCUCACACCCUGCUCCCUCUGCCUGGAAUGCCCUUCCCUUGUCUCCAAGGGGAAUCCUCUCUUCUCUCAAUAUAUAAUGAAGAACAAUUAGUUGAUGCUCUCUUUUCUGGGCUCUAGGGUCACUAUGAGUAUUGAGAGUCUGUCUUCCUUGAAGAAGGUGAACUCCAUUCUCCCCCCAGCUCCAAGACGAAGCCUGGCACACUAGCGGUUGAGUGAGUGGUGCUGAAGGCAUGAUAGGUGUGCAUGGGGGCAGGCCGUUACCCCACCACCAUCUCUUGUCUUACCCCAUCUCCCAGGUGUCCUUGUUUGGUUUGUUGGUGGUCCCAUACCGGGAUGACAAAUAUUGGUUUGAGAGCACCAUGCAAAAUUUCCCAGCAGAAUACAGAUCAUCUUGAAACUGCA